CCUGGGCCGACUUAGGAGCGGCUAGCGCUGCCAGACGAGGGUGAGCGGCGUGGCGCAGGACGGCCGUGGAGGUUUUGGUAUGAACAGGAUUCGAAUUCACGUCCUGCCAACCAAUCGGGGAAGGAUCACCCCAGUGCCCAGGUCUCAGGAGCCCCUGACUUGCUCAUUCACUCAUCGCCCAUGCUCUCAACCUCGUCUGGAAGGCCAAGAAUUCUGUAUUAAACAUAUCCUUGAAGACAAGAAUGCACCUUUUAAACAGUGUAGUUACAUAUCGACGAAGAAUGGAAAAAGAUGUCCCAGUGCUGCUCCGAAGCCAGAGAAGAAAGAUGGGGUGUCCUUCUGUGCCGAACAUGCCCGUAGGAAUGCCCUAGCACUACACGCUCAAAUGAAGAAAACCAACCCUGGACCUGUGGGUGAGACACUUUUGUGUCAGCUGAGCUCAUAUGCAAAGACAGAGCUGGGUUCUCAGACUCCAGAAAGUAGCCGAAGUGAAGCCAGCCGAAUACUGGAUGAAGACAGCUGGAGUGAUGGGGACCAGGAACCCAUUACUGUGGAUCAGACUUGGAGAGGUGACCCUGACAGUGAAGCUGAUAGCAUAGACAGUGAUCAAGAAGAUCCCCUAAAACAUGCUGGUGUCUACACAGCAGAAGAAGUGGCCCUGAUUAUGCGUGAGAAGCUAAUUCGUUUGCAAUCUUUGUAUAUUGAUCAGUUUAAACGACUUCAGCAUUUGCUCAAAGAGAAAAAGCGUCGGUAUUUACAUAAUCGCAAAGUGGAACAUGAAGCUCUAGGUAGUAGUCUCCUGACUGGCCCAGAGGGACUAUUGGCCAAAGAACGAGAAAACUUAAAGCGAUUAAAAUGUCUACGGCGAUACCGUCAACGCUAUGGAGUAGAAGCCCUAUUACACAGACAGCUGAAGGAGCGCAGAAUGCUGGCCACUGAUGGUGCCUCCCAACAGGCUCAUACCACUCGUUCCAGUCAGAGGUGCUUGGCCUUUGUGGAUGAUGUUCGUUGCUCCAAUCAGUCUCUUCCAAUGACCAGACACUGCCUUACCCAUAUUUGUCAGGACACAAACCAGGUUCUCUUCAAAUGCUGCCAGGGAUCUGAAGAGGUGCCUUGCAACAAACCAGUUCCUGUAAGCCUCUCUGAGGAUCCCUGCUGUCCACUGCAUUUCCAGUUGCCUCCUCAGAUGUAUAAGCCCCAGCAGGUACUGUCUGUGCCACACGAUCUGGAAGCCGGCCCCAUGGAUCUGUACUUGAGUGCUGCUGAGCUUCAGCCCACUGAGAGUUUACCACUGGAGUUCAGUGACGAUUUGGAUGUUGUGGGGGAUGGUAUGCAGUGUCCUCCAUCACCUUUGCUUUUUGACCCUUCAUUAACCCUGGAAGAUCAUUCAAUCAAAGAAAUUGCUGAAGGCUCGGUGGAUAUUUUGGGCCAAAUACCAGUAGCUGGAGAUGGUUGCAGAUCCCAGGGAUCUCGAAAUUCUGAGAAAGCUUGUGCGCUGCUGCCUCAAAGUGGAUUGGCUACUGCAAAUGGGAAACCAGAACCCACUUGACAAUUGACAGUUUGUUCUGGGAGCCAUUUGACUUUGGUGGAUUGAAUUCCCAUUCUUCUAAUAAGUACUAUUCACCUCUCACUAAACAAGGACAACGCAGACCACAUUGUUUUUCUAGUGGUCGUAGUACAAUAACUAAAUAUGAAACCAGAUUUGGGAGAAUGGACCAAUAGUAUUUAAAAAGUUACAAGUUUCUUUAUAAGAAAGAGAGUUAUUAAUGCCUGUCUCUGGUGUUGAGUGAAUAUUUGGGACUAUGCUUCAGGAAAAAACAUCUUUGUAAAGGGGUUUCCUGUUGGGAGCAGGAGUUCACGUAGGUGGUUAGGUUGGGUAAGGUGUUUAUGAACAGUUCCCUUGAGAAUCUGGGGGCCCCACAUGUCUGGUUAUCUCUUACCUAAAGGCCUGUACUUCAGCCUUUCCUCACCUUCAUUUAACUGUGCCAUUAGAAGAACCCCUUUCCCAAGUAUACUCCGGCUUCAUGAGAAAAGCCCAUAGGCGUAAACCAUCUUUUAACUUAGGUAAAUUGCUGUGUGGCUAUCCUAUGUAAAAUAUAAUAAGAAAUUAUUGUAUAUAGUUUCUAUUAAAUGUUAAGAUGUUAUGCCUGAAUUGAAUGCA